UUCAAUCAAGCAAUACAGACAGUGAGUGACAGUUGAAUUUCUAGCUUUAAGGCUAUUUAUUUUGGAAUACCAUUUUAUCCUGUACAGAACAUUUUAUGAAAACCUGAAUAUUGAACGUAGAAGAUAAAGUAAAUAGCCCGUCUCUAUCGUGUUGCCGUCUCCGUCACCAUGGACGCGAGGAGGAGCAGAUCCGGACCCUCCCCAGCGUGCCGUCCGGCCUCGUUCUCACGGCAACCGCCGCGGGUGCUGGUGGUGGAGGUGGCGCCGCCCUGGUGGUCUGAGACAGGAGGAACGCUGUGCGACGCCCUGGACAACGUGCUGACCCUGGCCAGCAGUGUGGACGGACCCUGCAGACUGCCCCUGCUCUGCAUCUACGCCCUCACCUGCCAGCUGGAGUGUCUACUGCCCUUCGUGCAGGUGAGGGGUAGCCUGGCUCGCCUGCGGUCAUGCGUGGAGGAGUUGAGGUCUCUCCCAGGGGAGGGCAGUGUGUCGCGGCCCCGAGAUGAGCUGCUGGUCCGGGCCGUGCUCGACAGCCUGCAACAGUACAGACAAUACACACGCCACGCCGGGAACCACAGCAGCUACCACUCCUCUGUAGAGGUUACCGUGGUGACGAGCCGGCCGGGGCGGGGCGUGGUGAGGCAGCUGGAGGCGGGGCUACAGGGGGCGGACCUUGUGUCCUUGCGGCGCAUCCUAUUGGUGGAGCUAAGGGCUGUGGGACGGGACGCCGCCGAGUGGACCAAUGAGACGCCUUCACCUGAGGAGACAGAGGACAGCCUGGUGUUGAGUACUGAGAUCGACCUGCAGCCCGUGGACAACAGCGUGGUUGCCGUGGAGACGGUGUUGAAGGCGUGGCUCCAGGAGCAGGGCGGCGAGCGGGAACACCUGCACCUGCUGCUGCCGCCCUGCCUGUCCCCCCCCCCUCCAGUGUGUGUGAAGUGUGACAUGCAGGAGCGCCUGCUAAGCCCCGCCCUCCUCCCUCUGACCCUUGACCUCGGGGUCAAGACCGAGAGCAUUCAGGACUUCCUGCCUCCCACCAAGUCCCCGGCCAAUCACAGCCCUGCGCCUCAGAGACUCAGGGCCAUCAAGGUGCUGCGUGCGGAGGGAGUGUGUGAGUCUCUGCUGUACGGUCUCCCCCUGGUCCUAAAGCCUACCUGCUGCUGGCAGCUGGACUGGGACCACAUGGAGGACAAUCUGCACCUGUUCCAGGGGCUCUGCCACGCCCUCAGGACCCGUGACUGGUUCCUUCUGAUGCGUUCAGAGCCUCCUCAGGGCUCAGUGAAGCCUCCUUCAGGGGCAGGAGCAGGGGGAGGAAGAAUAUGCUCCUUCUACGUGCUGCAGGCCUCCCCCUCCCUCUCCCUCCUCCUCAGGCCCGUGGUCUGCAGGGAAACGCUGUUGCCAUGCAACAUGCCUGUCUGCAGUCAGGCCCCGCCCACUCACGCCAUGGCAACCAUACAGGCCAGUCUGAAGCAGCUGGAGGAGGAAGCUGCUUUCAACCCGCUCAGUCUGACCAGCAACCUGUACCUUCACCUGAAGACCAGCACCAGGAGCCCUGCACACCCCUACAGGCACAAGCCUCGACCUACAGAGACCCUCGCUACCUCACACACCAGACAGCCCCGACAGCAGUCUGGCCGUGCCCCCCAGGGGGGCGUCUCCUCCAGGGUGAGGGCCACCGUCGCCCCCCUCCCUUCUCCCACGCCCCCCAAAACCCCCCGCCCCGCCCUCACCAUGAUCACACCCCCGCCCCUCUGUUCCCACGACGACGACCUGCUGAUGAUACUGUGAGCACCACGCUAGCCAGUAACAAGCUACACGCUAGCCAGGAACAUGCUACACGCUAGCCAGGAACAUGCUACACGCUAGCCAGGAAUACGCUACACGCUAGCCAGGAAUACGCUACACGCUAGCCAGGAACACGCUACACGCUAGCCAGGAAUACGCUACACGCUAGCCAGAAACACGCUACACGCUAGCCUGGAACAUGCUACACGCUAGCCAGGAAUACGCUACACGCUAGCAAGGAACACGCUACAUGCAGGGAACACGCUAAGCAGACUGGACAGAGACACACAGGCGUGUUAGUGUGUUCAUAUGUUAGUAUGUUAGUAUUGAUGUUACGCAUGUGCGCACACUCACACACACACACUCACACACACACUCACUCACUAUAACUGUUAAGUUUGUAAGUCAUUAGUGGGCUGAGGAAAGACAAGUUCAGUUUUUUACGACAAUAUGUGUUUUGGAAGCAAGACACACACACACACACAUACCCACGU